AUGGCCAAGUCAUGGUUCUCAUUCUCAUCGAGGGAGCGCAAGGAACGCAAAGCUGCGAAAUCUGCCAGCCCUCAAACACACGCAACACAAAUCACAGCAGAACCCGCGCCCCUGCGCCUACCAUCAGAUCGCCCACCACCAUACUCAGCGUGUCAAAAUGUUGAAAUUCCCACAAUUGAAAUCAGCGCCCCUGCAUCCGAAGACUCACAGUAUGCCUUCCUCCGCGACUUCGACACCGUAUUCCUGGUAGACGACAGCUCCAGCAUGCAAGGCAGUCGAUGGCGAGAAGCCGCAGAUGCCAUCGCCGCCAUCGCCCCAAUCUGCACCCAGUACGACAAAGACGGAAUCGACAUCUACUUCCUGAACCACCGACGCAGACCCUCAAACCGCAGAGAUAGCUACAACCGCCAAAACACGUGGCGGCAGCCGACUUACGAGCCCGGCGUGGACGGGUACCAGCAUAUUCAAACGGCGGAGCAAGUCCAAGCCAUAUUCGACUCGGUGCGACCGAGCGGAAGUACGUUGGUCGGAACGCGGCUCUCAAAUAUUCUAGAACCGUACCUGCAGCGCGUGGAAGCCAUGCAUGCAGCGAAGAAAGCACGCGGCUACGCUGAUCCAGAUGUGGAUGUCAAGCCGAUUAAUAUCAUCACCAUUACCGAUGGCGAAUUUACGGAUGAUGCGGAGGGGGUGAUUGUCAAAACGGCGCGGAAGCUAGAUGGACCUACCUGUGAUGCGAUUCCGUGGCAGGUUGGGAUUCAAUUUUUCCAAAUUGGGAACGAUGUCCGGGCGAGCAACUUCCUCAGACAAUUGGAUGAUGAUCUGAGGGGACCGGAUAUGCGUAUGAGGGAUAUUGUGGAUACUAUUCCGUGGAAGCAGAAUGGGGUGCCGUUGAACAGUGAGGGGAUUCUGAAGACGGUGCUUGGGGCUGUAAAUAAGAGGUUGGAUAGGCAGCAGGUCUAA